ACAUGAUAAUGGCGUUUGUCUUGUGAGCGCUAUGGGGUAGCGGACGGUGCAAUCGCAUGGUCGAACUGAGCAGCCGAAGGCUAAGGAGAGACAAGGACAAAGUUUUCCAUUAAAAGCAUCCAUGUCACAUAUCACGGCCUGAGGGUCAGCAAUAGAAGACUUGGUAGCUCUCUGCCAAUUCUAAAAGAAGUUAUAUUACGAUCAGAAGUGACAGUGGCCAGGAAUGGUCGAGGUUUCAUUGCGUCUACCUAUAUGGAACCACCCGCUUGCAACCGGACAGAUACCAGAAUCUGGACCGUCGGCCAUGUAUUACGGGACUGCAACAUCACCAGAACUCACGAUCACCAUGUUGGACCAUAAACUUUGGAAUGAAUUGUAUUUCUAUCGACUCCGCUUGUGCGUGGAAAUGGGUAUAUAUAACCACCAUGGCUUGCUCCGAAUGUGCCCAAACCAACGCUCUGCGUGGUGGGAAUCCCGCAAUGAGCCUUGCAUGAUGUGAACCAGUCGAGAAAUAGACAGCGCUGCCAGCGCG